CCCCAUCCUACAGGGGGCUAUUCGUUGUUUGUCACAUGCUUUUUCCUACUUCCGCUGAAUGGAAACUGAAAAGAAUCGACAACACUCAAAUACGGUUAGAAUUACCGAAUUUUCCAAAGUGACCCAAACAAACGUGCCCUAACCUAAACUCUAAGCGGCGACAACAUUGUAGUAUGGCUCCAGGUGAUCAACAUCGCACAUCUUCCAUGCGUUCUAUAAUUGUGUUCUCCUUAUCGGUUGGUGCAGUUAUAAUUUUAGGGAUGUUGGCGGUAGCACUGACCGGUACAUGGACAGUGAAAUACCUCGGAGGAUUCGCUUGGGAUGGGACAGCUCACGAGUUUAACUACCAUCCUCUUUGCAUGGUGAUUAGCAUGGUAUUUCUCUAUAGCGAAGGUAAGUUUCUUUGAAGCUUAACUGAAGCAUUACUGCCGCUUUGUUUGUUGUCAGUGGACUUCAUUAUGUAAGUUUUCGUGCUAUGUUUUGCUCUUGCGAUUUACUUUAAAGUCUUGCUUUCCUCCUAUGUAAAUCUUUUUCCUCUGCUUGUCAUGAGCCGGUUUAGCCUCUGGCUUUGGCUUGACUGUGGUGAAAAGAACCAAUAAAUUGAUGAAAAAAAAUUGUAAUCGUAAGCAGGUUUUAAUUUUAAUUUUGGAUUAUUGCAUAAUUAUAUUCGCUAAUUUUAAUUAUAAUGAAGUUCGAAUAUAACACGUGCUGUCAUUGCCUUGAAGUGUUUGUUUUCCACUUGUCAUAUGAAAUACUUGCGUGUUUUUGUGAGCUAUAAUUCGGCCGAAUUUCACCGAACAUUUCACUUUCAGAUUCUGUAUUAGAAACUAAAAAACUUCAGACAAGUGUUAAAUUCGACACGCCGAACUAUUUUGGUCUGUAAACUAUUGUAGAAUGUGAAACUUCUGAAAUUUGAUGGUUUGACAUUUUGACAGCUUUAGUUUUGUACAGCCAAUCAGAUUAUUUGAACCAUUCUAACAGGGAUUCUGAUUGGCUUAUUGUAGCGUGCUUUGUGAGAGUAUAGAGCAUGCUGACGACGUUGUUGUUCGCUUUGGAAAUAAAGUUUGUUUUGAAAAUUGAAAGCAAUUCUUGGGGAAUUUGACGGAUUCUUUAUUAUAAAACAAAUAGAGAAGCCUUGACUGUGCUCUGUUCUGUUUUAAAGCACUUAGGAAGCGGCUAGAGCACUCAAGAAGUAGGGAGACACACUAGACUACGUCUCGUGUUUCCCUCUACACUUCUUUCGUGCUCUAGCCGCUUCCUGCGCGCUUUACAACAGAACAGAGCACGGUCAAGGCUUCUCUAUUUGUUAAUUAUAAUAAAUUUCGGAUAAAACGUGCGCUGUCAUUGGUUGAAAGAGCGUGCUCUAUGAGAGUAUAGAGCAUAGAGCUUGGCUAAGGCUGUCACGCCAUCUGCCAAAUUGUACCAUGUCCACCCUUUUCCGUGACUUUUCUCUAGUUUUUUUUCCUUAAUUGAAAGUGAAUUUCGGAGUCAACAAAUAGCAACAGAACAACCAAACAAAGGUUUGCAAACAUGCCAGGUGCCGUAAUUGACGUUAUUAUAACGUAAGCAGAAACGAAAAUCCUCAAAGGGAAAACGAAAUGGACAGUUCAAGUUUUCAUGGUUUUCACACUUAGUUAGAUUGCAAGCUUGCGUACGGUAAUAGAAAUCAAACACAGCUAACACUCGUGUAGUUCAUGUAGUUUCGUGUUCAAAAGCAAAGCAGAAAUGAUGAAAAAAUAUAGCCAAAGUGGCAUAACUGUUAAGAUUUAUACCAAUCAUGACAGUGUCAGAGCGACCGUGAUCAUGCUGAGGUCCAACGCGGCUAGCUCAUCACGGCGAUCUCCGGUCAUCGUAGUGAAGCAAGCCUCAGAAAUUACAUCGGCCGCUCUUCGAGUGAACAACCAAGAGCUUGCUCUCAUGUCCUUUCCGAUGCGUUGUGUGGAAAGCCACAUUCAGUCACUGCAAACAGAUUAUUUGAACUAUUAUGACAAGGAUUCUAAUUGGCUUAUUGUAGCGUGCUCUAUGAGAGUAUAGAGCAUGCGACGACACUGUUGUUCGCUUUGGAAUUAAAAAUUUGUUUUGAAAAUUGAAAGUAAUGCGUGGGGAAUUUAACGGAUUCUUUAUUAUAAAACAAAUAGAGAAGCCUUGACUGUGCUCUGUUAUGUUGUAAAGCACUUAGGAAACGGCUAAAGUACUCAAGAAUUGGAGAGAAACACGAGGCGUAGUCGAGUGUUUCUCCCUACACUUCUUUCGUGCUCUAGCCGCUUCCUGGGUGCUUUACAACAGAACAGAGCACAGUCAAGGCUUCUCUUUUUGUUAAAUACUCCCGAUGCAGAGGUUACCAUACAUGUUGUAAUUAACAAGGUAAUCGACGAGAGUGCAUAUUAAGACGGGAGAUAGUGCGCCCUGCAAAAAAACGUCCUUGCUUAGCGUUUAUCGACUUAUGGAUGUUCGCAGGCAGUUUGAAAAGCAGGAAGUAGCUCUACCUGCCUGACUGCUUUCCAAUCUUCUGUAGUACAUCGGUAACUCUUUUUCGCCGCUCAAAGCCUCUUUAGCCUGUAUUUUCAGGUCAUGUGAUAAUAUUCCAGAGAACUUUCCCUUCAAAUUUCCUCUUACAUAUUUGCUUAUGUACGUCUCAUUUACAGUAGCAUAAAGAAGGGAAUUCCCUUGAGACCUGAAAUGACAAAACAAAACAUACCAACAAAAGAGGUCGGUUUACUGUGGAACUCGGGCUUAGUGAUGUCACGCAAUACUGAAAGAUCACUGCGUGACACCCCAAAGAACAGCCGGGAAUGAGACUUCGCGGCGAUACGACCUCUUUUAACCGACGAUUUCAUGGUGGAAGACGUAAAUAACCAUCAAAAUUAUCUGAGCUCAUUACGUUGAAAAUUUGUAAACCAUCAGAUAUUUCAUAUUCUUUGCGAUUAACAUAAACGUGUUAUUUUUUCGAAAAUGCACCUUCUAAAACAGGGGAGUACUUGUGAUAUGUCCUUAGUGAAACGAUUUGUUCCGAUCACUGCAAAAAAAAUGUUCCGAUGGUUGAGAUAAUAACCUCUGUUUGGCUCGAAGCUGUACGUACUCAUAUCUUUGUCCUUGGACAUCAUCUCUUCUUCGAAACUCAUAGUUUUCCUUGAGCUUCGCUCUCGGUAAUCUGUGCGCCUCUCAAGACAAAAACUUUUACUUGAAAUGGGAGAGAGGGGGAGGUAAAUAAAAGGUUUAGAAAUAAUUCAAAAUAAGUAACUGGCGUCGAAACUUUGCUACUCAUUCUAGGUUUAUGAAAGAUCUUUGAUUAAAGAGCACAUUCGCCAUUAUGAGAAAUUCAUCUCGCUACCAUGACAAUCUAAAGGAGCUCAGUAGAUUUUUUAUCCUUUUGUUCCAGCCAUGAUUGUAUUCAGAGUCUUAAGUCACCAAAACAAAUUCUAUGUAAAGCUGGUUCAUUUUGGUCUUCAGCUAGUGGCGUUUGGAAUCGCAGUCUGGGGUGUUAAGGCUGUGUUUGACUUCCACAACCAUAUGGGCUAUCCUAAUCUCUACAGCGUACAUAGCUGGUGUGGAUUGUCUACCAUCAUCCUCUUCGGUUGUCAGGUCAGUUAUCCAAAGCCAUUUUCUUUCUCCUCAUCGAGGCAAAACAGCGGUUAAACGUCUGUGCAUGUGCAAACGUUCAUAUGGCCAGGUGGCAGGCUUAGUUAGGGCCAAGCUGUCUUACUGGAAUUAUAAACAACCACAAAAACCAGUCCGUAUCGCAAUUUUAAAACCAUAAAACAUUUUUGAUAAAGCUCAAAGCAGAAUAGUAAAUUGACAGGAUACCCUGGCUUAAAGGCUCAUUUUCACCCUUGAUGCGAUGCGCGCCGCGACCCAAUUUCCUGUAACACGAAAUUUCCAGAUUACUGAAAACCUUCUAAAAUCGUCUUUCUCAAGAGCCAUCCUUGACAUAUAGUCAACUGUUGCAUGCAGAUAUAAAAGUAUGGUUUUAGAGCUUACUUAUUCCUUAAAUGGCUGUACAUGGUUUUUUUCUAAGCUAAAACCGGUUACUUUCUGACAUUUAACCACUUGACGACCGUUUGACGAGAUAGGAGAACGUAGUUCUGUAAUUGUUAGAUUCAUAGAGCAUAUCAUUUUAUUUUCUUUAUUGUAGUCAUCUUUUUCUCCCCAGAUUCUGGCUGGUUUUGUGAGCUUUCUUUUCCCCAAGUUGCCUGAUGGUCUUCGCGCAGCUUACCUGAAAGUACAUGUGUUCUUUGGGGUGUUUAUUUUUAUGAUGGCCAUCGGCAGUUGCCUAUUGGGAGUGAAUGAAAAGCUUUCUUUCAACCCCAAGUGAGUACUUGUAAACUGACAAUUUUAGUAGUUUUAAUGAUAAAAGUACAGAUUUUUUUGUUGAUACCGAAGGAGUACAGUCCUCUAAUGGUUAAUUCUCUUUUGACCAAUCCUUCACUUGCUAACUUUGACGAAAUCGCGCGAAUCUUUUAAAAACAUUUUUUUUUUUUGGCAAAGUAAAGAUCAUUGAAAAAUCACAGAACGCGUAGCAUUCAGGACAUUGUAAUACAUUAAUGUGAUGAUAUUUACACUCUUAACUUUUGCAGCUACUCAAAACUACCACCUGUGGGAAAAUUGGGUAAUUCGUUGAGUGUCACACUUAUCCUCCUAGCUGUCACAGUCAUGUUUGUGGUGACAAACUCAGCAUUCAAGAAGGUAAAUACAGGUGAGGAGCGAGUGUCGUUGAUAGAUGAGAAUUUAGCCUCUGCUUGA